GUCAGUGUUUUGGAAAUUAGGCUUCCGCCCUGAGAUCUUAUCUCCGAUUUCGGGUUUUCAAUUUCUAAGCUGCGCCCUCAGUUCGACUCGAACAGUGGACGCCUUCUGGUCGUGGGAAAUGGCUGUGGUCUAUAUUUUGCUAAUCCUCGUGCUGGGUUUCGUGGGAUAUGUGGCCUAUGUGGUCCACAAGAAGGGCAUCGAUCCCAAGGACAUUCGCAUCCACAGCCUGCAGGACGCCAAGAAGCUGCUGCGGCCACCGCCAAGUGGAAUCGGACCCCACAAGUACCUGGAGAAGAGGGCAUGAGGUUUUGUUUACGGCAACUCACUCU